GGUAGUCUUUGGAUUGAAAGUAGAAGGUGAAAAUGGAAAGAAGAUAAUGGCGUGUACUUUUUAUUGUUUAAAAAGAAAUCAGUCAUAUUUGUGUUUAUGUUAAUCAAUCAGGUUUGAAGGCUACUGUUUUCUGAUACGAACUGAAUCAUGAAGUUGGAGGGUUACCUGAUCAACAAAGUGAAAAAAAGUCUAGCUGUAAAAGAAUGUUUUAUGUCCUGCUGUUCAUCCUGUUGGAGGCAAAUAUGCCCAAAUUACAAGGCACCAGAAGGUUUUGGAGAUGUUGCUGUCACCUUUUCAGAUGAAGAGUGGGAUAUGCUAAGCGAAAAGAAGAGGACAUUAUACAAGGAAGUGAUGAUGCAGAAUUACGAAAUGAUGAUUUCAUUAGGCUACUGCAUUCCAAAGGAGGAACUGUUGGCCCUCAUAGAAAGAAGAGCAGUGCUGCUUGUUGGCUCUGUUAAUGGUAAAGAGAUGAAAGAAGAAAACAAGGAUUGUUUGGAAAUUACUCAAAACUUCACAAAGCAUGUCAGUUCUUCCGCUCAGCCUCCCGAAGACCAAGAACAACUUGAUAGCAAAUGGAGUUUUAAAUAUACCUCUCACAAGGCAAGCUUUGCAGAGCAGCCAUCAAUUAAAAGGAGCUCAAGAAAACAGAUUUUUUCAGUGGAUAAAUGUGUUAUGCCGAAAGCUAAAAGUGGAGAUAGUCUGAAAAUAAAUGCACAAAGCUUGACUCCUGAAUCUAAUGCAUGCAGGAAGAGAUCUUCAGGAUGUUUGAUUGUUGCUGAACAUCAAAGUAUUAAAAUUAGUGCUAAACCAUUUCAGUGUACAGAAUGUGAAAAGAGUUUCUACCAUAAACAGCGUCUUUUUAGACAUCAGCUUACUCAUACAGCUAAGAGGCACUUUGAAUGUUUUGGCCUUGGAAAGAGUCAAAAAAUUGAACUGAAUAAACAAUACUCAGACCACAGUAAGAUGUAUAAAAGUGCAAAUUCUGAAAAUCUAUCUUCAAAUGACAGACCUCAGCAGAUUCUCUCUGAGGACAAGCCUUACAAGUGUGCUGAUUGUGGAAGGUCUUACAAACAUAAACCGCAUCUUGUCAGACAUGCACUGAAUCAUACAGGUGUAAGGCCUCAUAAAUGUGAAGAAUGUGGGAAGUCCUAUAUACGGAAAGAUCAACUUUUACACCACCACCAAGUACAUUUAGACAAAAAACCAUUUAAAUGCACCUUAUGUGAAAAAGGGUUUUCACAUAAAUGGACCUUGAUAGCCCAUCAGAAGUUACAUAAGGGAGACAGUGCAUUUAAUUGCACUGAUUGUGGAAAGAGUUUUUUACGGAAGCAGUCACUUUUGGAGCAUCAGUUGUUGCAUGCUGAAGUAUAUCCAUAUGUGUGUGUCAAGUGUGGGAAGAGUUUUGUCAACAAUCGACGCCUUGUGAGACAUGAGCUUAUUCACACAGAAAUGAAACCCUAUAAAUGUACUGAAUGUGAAAGGAGUUUCAGAUACAGGCCACAUCUUACUAGGCAUCAGGCAAUUCACACUAUAAAGCCUUUUGCAUGUGAGGAGUGUGGAAAGAGUUUUAGAAGAAGGUAUGAAUUUCUGAGCCAUCAUUCUGUACACACAGGAGAAAGACCUUUUGAAUGUUCAAAGUGCUGGAGAAGUUUCCCAGACAAGGCUCUUGUCUUUAAACAUGAGAAGAUCCACAGCCAGGACAGUAAUAUAAAGUGUACUGAUUGUGGGAAGACUUUUGCAUGUAAUGCACAUUUUGCUGAACAUCAGCUACUCCAUAGAAAUAAUAAAUGAUUGUAUCAAA